AUGUCGUCUCGUCAGACAGGAAUCGUAAAAUUCUUUAAUUCAGCAAAGGGAUAUGGAUUUAUUAUCCCAAAUUCACCAAUCAAUCAAUCAAAGAUCGAAGAGGUGUUUGUUCAUCACACAGCUAUUCACAAUGACGGAGGUUUCAAGAGUCUGAAAGAGGGUGAAGAGGUUGAGUAUGACUUGAUUGAAGGACCCAAAGGUUUUCAAGCAGCCAACGUAUCUGGACCAGAGGGAAUACCUGUCCAAGGAGACCCCUUUGCAAGUCUGAACCAGAAUAGAGGGCAGUACAAAGAUGAAGACAAGGCGCAAUCAUAUUGGGUGGGAUACAACAACAACUAUUAUUUGCCAGUGCAUGGGGUCUAUUCAUACGGACCUAGCUAUGUUCCGUACGGCCAACAGCCAAUGUACAUCAUCAGGUCAACAGGAACACCCAUUGUAUCUCCACCUUCUUCUUCGUCUAAUUCAAUAGUACCGUCCCAAUUAGCCACAGCUUCAUGGCCAAGGUAUCAAACUAUGCCUACUCCGGAGAAGACACCUUACCAUGCUGUAUACGCAUAUUACUAUCCGCGUCCAGUAGCAUCUCGUAGUCCACCUCUUACACACUCAGAAUCAACUUCCUCUGACUGA